GUGGCGAUAAUUAUAAUACUGCUUCUGAUAUAUAUUCAUUUGGUAUAGUUAUGAAUACUCUUGCAACUAGAAAAAGACCUUGGUAUAAUAGAGCGCAUGAUAUUAAUUUGGCAAAAGAUAUUUGUGAUGGUAAAAGACUUAAAAUUCCUGAUGAUACGCCUAAUUUUUAUUCAGAAUUAAUGCAACAAUGUUGGGAUAAUGAUCCAGAAAAACGACCAACUGCAUCCUAUUUAAACGAAAAAUUUGGAGAAUGGAUUAUAUUAAUAUGUGACGAUCCAAAUCCUUCAAAGAUUUCAGACGAAAACUCCGUUGCAGAAGAAAAAAGAUGGAGGAAAAUUUCUCAAUUGUCAAAAAAAAUUUUUCAUCCGGAAAUACAUCCCGAAGCGUAUUAUUCAAGUAUUUCUUUGCAUUUUCAAAUAUAA